AUGUUGGACCAGCUACCACUUGAAAUCCUACACAUGGUGGCACACGCAGUCAACUGUUCCACAGAUCUUUCUAAACUUUCGCGUGCCAAUAAACACCUUCAUCAAUCCCUGGUUCCCCUUCUUUAUGAAACGGCUGUCAUCAAGACAAAUGAAGAAUUCCUCGAUCAACUCGAGCUGACCCCAGUAAAAACAUGGUUCCGACAAGACGGAUCAAAGACCAUCUUCAAUACGCUGGAGUUUGCAAAGCAUCUAAAACUCGUGGCACCGAUAGAGGAGAAAUUACAAAAAAGGUGCUAUUACGGUGAUGUUUAUAUUGAGCAUCCGCGCACCCCAAAACACUGGACGGCGAACCUAGAGUCCCACUAUUUCGGCAUGGAAGACCUGGUUUCUAAUUUUCAAAACUUGCUCUUUCACCUUCCCGAGCAGUCCUUGCGAAGCUUCUCGUACGUUGGGUUUGUUUCCUCCUCAGUUGCUGGUACUGACGAUCGCAGUUGGCACUUAGGUUGUUGCGUUCCUUCCUCAAUACUCGGUAUUGAUGGUUGGCUUCCCUCGAAGCACAGCGAAAUUCGAACCCUGUCGCUGAUAACUGAUGGAACAUGCUACAGCCAAGAACCGGAAGAAGCUGGAAUUCUCAAGCUCACCCAGAUCCGUUCGUUCUCCUGGAAAGGAUUCGAGGAGCACGAUAUACAUCAGCAUCAUAUGAUUCGACAAUGCCUGGCCUUGAAUUCCGCUCACCUGGAGAGCUUGGAACUAGAGCCAACCGUCAAAGUUGAUGGCGCAGUUGAAAUUGACCAACUUCUAAAUAUACAGUCAGAUUUCCUCGAUGUGGAGUUGGACGGGCAUACGGCGCCUGUCGCGCAUCCUGAUGAGUGUUCCCUGUUGGCGGAAACAUCGCCCACAAAAUUGGUGGUUCUUCGGCACUUGUCACUUUUCAAUAUAUUAUUAGGCUCAUAUGAAGAAUUGAUGUCGGCUAUCAACCUGCACCAGUUACAGUCGUUGAAACUUCUCGUUUGCGUGUACGGUUCAAACAUCCUUUCGGGGAUGUCGAGUUCAGGAAAGCGCAUCAAUCUCCGCUCAUUCGAGUGGGUUUCCGGCGAUAUACUUGAGAUUUACCGGGGGGUUCGGCAUAUCUCAGAGUUCCUGAAAUCUUUCGAGGGCCUCGAAGAACUUUAUUUAUCGACCUCGCCCUCCGCCCUUUCACUCAACGACAUAAUAUCCCAGCAUAGAGCAACUAUGAAACGCCUAGUUUUCCAUAUGAGAGGAUUAAAUGAAACGUAA